CCAAUAUAGCUCAAAAUGGCGGACGAGGGUCAGGUUGCCAAGCUGGAACGACACCUGAGCCUGUUACGUCAAGAGUAUGUAAAGCUUCAAAACAAACAUAUUGAGCUGGAGCAGAAGUAUAGUGUAGCAAUAGCCACAUCAGGACAGAGUGGAGAACAUGAGAACACCUUUGUUAGCAGGCUGUUGAAAACUGUUGCAGAACUAUUUGAUAAAGACUUGUACAGUGAUAUAACAGUGUGUUUUGCGGAUCAGAAGAUAAAGGCCCACAAGUUUGUGCUGGCAGCACGAGGGGAUCACUGGAGUAACAGAGACCUGAAUGAAAUCAGUGAACUUGAAUUAGCAGAUGUCAGUUCAGCAGUUGGUUUGACAUUAAUGAAAUGGGUGUACACUGAUAGGGCAGAAAUCCCCCAUGAUGAAGCAUUUCUCAUUGAGCUGGUUAAAGCUGCAAAAAAGUACAGACUUAAGGAGUUAAAGGAAAGGUGUGAGAAAAUGUUAAUGUCUUCAGUGUCUGUUUCCAACUGUAUAAAGUUUUACCAGACUGCUGAAGAUAUUGGUGCCAAAGAGUUGCAGAAGUAUUGUGCAGAAAUUAUCUCCAAUCACUGGCAUGACCUAAAAACCGAAGAUUUUAGCAGUAUGAGUGCUCCCUUAUUGUAUGAAAUGUUCAAGUCAAAGUCUGGCUUCCCUCUUCACCUGGCAGUUAGACAUCACAGAGAAGAUGUUGUCUUUCUGUUCCUGAUUGAAUUUAAUUCUCAGUUACCUGGUAAACUGAAUGAGCUAGAACCUUCUAGUAGUCAAGUUCCUCUUCACAUUGCACUCUCAGAGAAACAGGAAAGCAUUGCUAGGACACUGGUUGGUCACGGCUGUGAUGUGAACAUGGCAGAUAUUGAUGGCAAGUGUUUGUUACACAAGGUUAUUAACCAAGGUGAUGAAUUUUCAGCCACCUUUUUGAUCAAGAAUGGAGCAAGAGUCAGUGCUGCAACACACAGUGAACACGUGACCCCACUACAUCUGACUGCUUCUUACAAACCCUGGUCAGCUUCUUCUGCUUCAUCAGCCUCUGUAGGAGCUAACAAUUCACCAUCAAUGACAUCAGCACAAGGAAUGGCAAGAAUUGCAUCCUUGCUUUUGGAGAAUUCUGCUAAUGUUGAUGCUCAGGACAGUGCAGGGAGGACUUCAUUACACAGAGCUAUACAGGCUGACAAUGAUGCUGUCCUUUCUGUUCUGCUACAAAAGGUCAAACUCAAUCUGGAGUUACGUGACAAUGAAGGGCGAGUCCCAUUGUGGCUGGCAUUAUCACGUGACACGAAAGUUGAUCCAAUGGACGAAGAUAGUUUAGCGGCUAAGCUGGUAAAACAUGGAGCGAGUGCAGAUGCCAUCAACAAUAUUACAGGCGAUUCUUUGCUCCAUAUGGCGGCUGCUUCUGGCCUUGAAGAGGCUGGCCUGUUUUUAGCGUCACAUGGAGCUCAAGCAAACCACACGAACAAACAUGGCGAGAUGCCUCUUCACGUGGCGGCUAGGAAGGGCCUGGCCAAACUCGUCUCUGAACUUCUUAAUAACGGAGCGAACCCGAACGCUCAAACCACAGAGACGGAGGAAAUGAAAGUCAAAGCCACAGAAAGAGCUCAAGCGAGAGAGGCAUCUAAGAAACAAGCGAGACAAAAGGCCAGACAGAAAUUUGUGGAAAUACAAACAACCAAAGCUGCAGAGAAAGCGAAAGAAUCUGAGCGGCGGAAAAAAUCACAAAAGCUACCAACACCUCAAAUGAAAUCUUUACCAGCUGUAUCUUCCAUAUCCGCAAGCGAAUUGAACUCUUUCGAGCAGGAUCUGGGACAUAGCACAAAUCCUUUCGAUGAAAGCGAUCAGUUCUCAUUCGGAUCUGAGGAUGCAACCAAUCCUUUUCUGGACGAUAUCAGAGCUGCAUCAGCCGCAGCCUCUGCCCUGUCUUAUGGUGGCAAUCCUUUUGAGGAGCCUCCUACAGAAACUGCCCCCGUACCAGAUUUCUCUCCCAGCGAAGCUAGCACAGAGGUAACAGCCGCUGAUUUGGACGUGGCUGAGUCUCCAACAGAAGAAAUGAUCGACAAGUUGGUAGAUGACUUUCAAUUGUACCAGGAUCCUUACCUGCAAACUAUUAUAAUAGAUUGUCACGGAAGGACUCCGUUGCACAUCGCUCUGGCAGAAAAGCAUGAAGAUGUUGUCAAUUGUUUUCUAGACUUUCAAGGCAGUUUAGGCAGGGGUGGCCGUCUUCCUAUUGUGCCGGAUUUUAACUUGUCAGACAGCGAGGAUCAGAUUCCCCUGGAGUUAGCCCUGUGUACAGGUCAGAUGUGUGUAGCUAGUAGGCUGCUGGAGGCUGGUGCUAGUAUUGAGGUGCAGACCACCGAAGGUCUGACUCUGCUGCAUAAGGCUGUGAGGAGGGGAGAUAACGCUGGUGCUUUGUUUCUGUUAGAGCACGGAGCUGACAUAAAUAACAAGACGAAGGAGAAUAAGACAGCUCUUCAAUUAGCCAUCCAGUGCCAUUUGCAGCCAGUGGUGGAUGCUCUGUGUAAGAAGGGUGCAGAUUUAAACAGCUGCGACGAAAAGAACAAUUGUCCUCUAUGGGUAGCGCUCAAGAGUGGACAACAAGACAUUGCGUCCACAUUGGUAUUGUACGGUUGCGACACCAACGCAUGGAAUCUGGGCCCUAAUGGUUGUACCCAGUCACUUCUCCAUCGUGCUAUCGAUGACCGUGACGAACCAUCCGCAUGUUUUCUAAUUAGAAGCGGUUGUGAUAUCAACAGUCCUCGACGGCCUGGUCCUGACGGUGAGGGUGGCAUAGAAGCCUGGGAUGGAAUGUCGCCUCUGCACUUGGCCUGUGAGGCUGGUUUGGAUAACGUAGUUCAAACUUUGGUGGAACAUAAAGUAAACGUUAAUAGCAAGGAUUCAGAGAGUCGCAGUCCGAUCCAUAUCGCCAUCACUAGCAAACAUCCCAUCGUUACCAGGUUACUGCUGAGUCAUCCGGAACUUAAUAUGAACGUCACCGACCGCUCAGGACAGACACCAUUUGCUGUUGCUCUAAGGACACGUGAUCAUGAGGCUGCAGGAGCGAUACUGUCACGUGAACCAGGCGCUGCUGAACAGUUCGACUCCAAGGGACGCAACUUCUUGCACUUAGCCAUUCAGAAUGUAGACGUGGAGACGGUGUUGUUUCUGAUUGGUGUGUCGGUUAAUGUCAACUCUAGAAUUCAGGACUCCUCCCACAGAACACCGUUGCACUUAGCUGUCAGCGCGGGAUCGGAAAUAACUGUCAGACACUUGCUUCUUGCCGGCAGCAGAGUGAAUGAUGUGGACAAACAUCGUCAAACAGGAUUGCACAUUGCAGCUGCUAAUAACCGUGCCUCCAUUGUCAGUGUUUUGUUAGAAAACGGCGUUGAUCCAGAUGCUAUGGACGAGAAAGGUAAUAAUGCACUACAUGUAGCAGUACAGUGUGGUCACGUGGAAGCUGUUCGUGUGUUACUUACUGAAUCAUCCAUUAAUGCAGAAGCUUACAAUGGUCGUGGCCAGAAUCCACUGCACAUUUUAGCGCAGUAUGCCAAAGAUAACGCAGUGGCAGUAUUUGAGCUGUUUCGCCAAUCGAUGCCAGACUAUCCCAUUAAUGCCCUCGACUCGGAUGAAAAUAUAGCAUUGUUUCUCGCUUACACCAAUGGCGCAGCUCGAUUAUGUCGUGAGCUGCUGAAGGCGGGUGGAAGCCUUGCGACCAUAAACAAGCAUGGCGUAUCGAUAUUUAACGCGCAAGUACCAACGAAGAAGCUUCUCUACACCUUACUUGAUAUGCUGAACGCCGAGCCACAGUGGAUUGACGGGCCAGUGUGUCACGAGUGUUCAAUCAAAUUCUCCGUCAAAACUAGAAAACAUCACUGUCGCCACUGUGGCCGCCUUUUAUGUGCCAAAUGUUCGUCCAAACAGAUACCCAUCAUAAAAUACGAAUUGACCAAGCCUGUGAGAGUUUGCAAUGUUUGCUUCGAAAUGCUGACUUCUGGAGUAAGCUAGUACUUUACUUUCUCGCAAACUUUUACUAGUCGCCUAUGUUUGUAGAUUUCUGCAAGGCUAAGUUAACUACUAAAGCAGGAUUAACGUUCGUGACUUUAGAAACGGGAAGUGCUGUCAAGAAACGCAGAGUUUUUAUUUUUUUACGUUGACACAAAAAGAAAAAAAAAACAGUGUUAACUAACUGAUUAAGAGCGUAGUUCUUUUACCCCGUCAGGAUACCUAAUUUUACAAUAUCUUUAGGUCUUCCUUUUACAAUUGAUAUGUUCGAUGAUUGUAAGAUACUAAUUUGGUGUUUGUCAGUGUGGUACUUACUCUCAACGAAGACUCAGAUUUGUCUGCUUCCUGUUCCUUGCUCUCUAUGUUUGCUUGGUGGGUAACUUGUCCUGUUGAGGUACCUAUUCAUUCAAGCACAGACAGCAAUGUGUUUUGUUGUAUCAAUAUUAUGUCUGCGCUGUGGGAAUGAAAUAUCUAAAUUUCUACAAGUAUCAUGUUUUCAGAGGUGGAAAUCAAAAGUUUCCAGUUCGCCAGAACCUUCAAAGUGAUUAGUGUGCAAUAAAAAAUCAGGAAAACCCUGUAAUUGUGACAAACGUAGUGCGUAUUGUCAUAAAUGGUUCAUCCCUGAAAUCGUUUCCGAUGCGCUUCCCGUAUCUAACGUGACCUGUGGUCAACUUGCACCGACCGGGGAAAGAGAUGAACGCCGCAGUGGGCUUAUCUCGGUAAUUACCGAUUGCGCCCGUUUUGACGAGUACUUCCUCCAAGUAGGUCUUUUGCGACAUGCGCGUUAUCAACAUUUUGUCUUAACGUUAAACUAGCUUCCAUCGCGACGUGAAGUUUCCUAUAACAUUUAGCCGUUAGUUUUGUGAGGUAGAAAAGCAACUAAGGGUACAAAGAAGUCAGAAGAAAUGAAGAAAUUACCAUUGAAAUGAAGAAAUGAAGAAAUUACAAUUUUUAGGAUACAUUUUUUAAAACACCGUGACGAGGCUCUACUAACUCCCAGUGAAUGAAUAGAGACACAUUUCUGGACUGAAUCCUGUUAUAGAUUCACAAUGAACAAAUGAUCAGUGAUGGAACUAGGUAAGGGAAUCGUAGUUUGAAAUAAAGCUUCGUUUAAAAUGAGUUUGUCUUUUUGUACAGAAGUGAUAGUCGUAUGGAAUAAAUCAGUGUUUACUGAAAA